AUGACGCCUCGAGCUUGCUUCGUGGGCGUGACGAAUGGGCGCCAAGGUGGGCACCACUUCGCACCCUCGGGUAGCUCCGCCAAUGGCGUGGGUCGGACUGCCUCUGCAGACACCAUGGCGGGAAAACUGUGUCUGGGGGCUACGCUCUGCCACUUGUGGUUCUGCCUCAGCAGCACAGCCGAUCUUCGCUGCCACCAGCUGCCGCUCACCCAGCUCGGCCCGGCCCCCGGCCCCAGCCUCAACCCCAGUCCCGGGCCCAGCCUCAGCCCCAGUCCCGGGCCCAGCCUCAGCCCCAGUCCCGGCCCUGGCCCAGUUUCGGCUGUGCAGGAGUGUGAGAAGCUGGAAGUGUGCCAGCACACGCUGCUGCGAGUGUCCACCGGUGAGGCCGAGCCCCGCCCCCAGAUCCCCCCACACCAGACCCCCUUUCUGAGCUCCCUGUCCCCUACAAUCCCCCUCAUCCUCUUCCCGCUUCCCCAACACCCCACCCUCUCCUAG